CAUCAAGGACAUUCUUAGGAAGACAGAGCACAAGAAGCAUAGCACAUGGCAACCACAGUCAUGAGUUCACAAUGCCUAAAGCCCUCUCCAUUCACCUUUGAGAAAGUUGCACCAAGAGGAAGAGGGCUCCCCUCACUUGCAAGAACCUCCUCUUUCAAAGUCGAAGCCAGCGGUGGCAAGAAAAUCAGAACCGACAAACCUUUUGGAAUUAAUGGAGGCAUGGCACUUGCGGAUGGUUUGGAUGCCUCUGGCAGGAAGGGCAAGGGAAAAGGUGUUUACCAAUUUGUAGAUAAAUAUGGAGCUAAUGUCGACGGAUACAGUCCCAUUUACAACACUGAUGAUUGGUCUCCAAGUGGUGAUGUAUACGUUGGAGGUACCACUGGAUUAGCAAUCUGGGCUGUCACUCUGGUUGGUCUUCUUGCAGGAGGUGCCCUUCUUGUUUACAGCACAAGUGCUUUGGCACAGUAGACCAGUAUUUCAGCAAUUAAAAUGUCCAAUCUAGCUUGUAUCAAGAAACUUUAUAGAACAAUAUUUUGUGGAUUCUUAAAUCAUCUGUAAUAUGUAAUACUUUGUUAUGGAUGUUCUGUGUAUGGUUGCACUUUUCUU